AUGGCAGACUUCAACUGGACAAAGAAAUGCGAAGAAAUCGCCAGAGAGACCGAGGGAAUGAGCGGCAGAGAGUUGUCGAAGUUGGUACUGGGAUGGCAGUGUUAUUCUAUUUAUUGGGCACUUUUUUACUUUGGGGGGAUCGCACGCGAGCAAGCUCGCGCAUGCCACGCCUACCGCGCAUGGCCUCAGCCUAAGGUGACCUCAGCCUCAUCUAAGCGUAGCCUCAGAUCGUUCGAUGCUACAGCAGAGGCUAGCAAGCGAACUCAGGCUUAG